AUGGUACCCAUUAUCAAACUGUGUUUUGACCAUGCCACAAUGUUUAUAACUGUCUGUUUAUUGCUGAGUUUCCUGGAUUUCACGAGACAGCAGUCGCCGUUGCCCCGGGCGCCGACUGUGGCUCCUAAGGUACCGUGCGCACCGUCCCCAGCCUGCGAAUCCAGACUGCGAAGGGAUGCCGGGGGACGCGGAGGGGUCUAUGAACAUCUCGGGGGAGCACCGAGGCGGAGGAGGCUAUACUGUGCCACCAAGUACCAUCUGCAGAUCCAUCUCAAUGGGAAGAUCGACGGCACACUGGAAAAAAACAGCAUCUUCAGUAUCUUGGAAAUAACUGCUGUCGAUGUGGGAGUGGUGGCGAUCAAGGGCUUGUUUUCAGGUAGAUACCUAGCAAUGAACAAAAGGGGACGCCUUUAUGCGUCGGAAGUCUACACUCCAGAGUGCGAGUUUGUAGAGAGGAUUCAUGAGCUGGGAUAUAACACGUACGCGUCCAGAUCUUACAGGACCAUCCCAAACCCAUCGGGGCCAAGGCGCAGAAACAGCGCAGAGAGACUUUGGUAUGUGUCCAUCAACGGCAAGGGGCGACCAAGGAGGGGCUUCAAAACCAGAAGGACUCAGAAAUCCUCUCUUUUCUUACCGAGAGUGCUGGAUAGCAAAGAUCACGAAAUCGUCCGAUUAUUCCGCACGAGUUCCAAACACCGAGAAGACCUGACGAAAACUCCAAGCAAGGCGGAGAAAACAAGGGCUGCCCAAUAG